AUGUCGUCUCCCUACUCUGCUCAGUACUACUCCGGGGCUGUGCCCAUGCCGGUUCCCACCAAGGGCACAUACCCAAACUACUACUCCACCGACAGCACCUACUCGGUCUCGCCUCCCGAGGGCGAGCCGUCCGUGAGCUCCGGCUCCGGUGGCGUCUCCUACAGCACGCCCGGCUACUCUGCCACCGCGAGCUACGCGGGCAGCAGCCACGGCGACUAUGACAGCGCCGGCUCCGCGAGCGGCAUUGACUUUAACGAGUACAUGCAUGAUCGCUUCGCCGAGACGUUUGACCCGCUUCCGCUCGACAAGACCAUGGUCCAGCAAGCGCAGAUUUCUGGAAAUCUCAAUGCCAAGCACCGCGAGCUCCUCGACCUGCAGAAGCAGGCGCAGGCUCGCCUUGCAAAGUCGCGCGCGCGAUUCGCAGAGGGCAUGCAAGAUGCGCGCGAGGUCCGCGCGGAUCUCGAGUGGACGCAGAAGAAAGUCUCCUCCAUGAAGAGCAAGGCGUCGAAAAAGCACUCCAAGGAGUACAGCAAGGCGCGCGCGAGAUAUCCCUCGCCCGAGUACUAG